UCAACCCUAAAAGGAAGUCACUCGUGUAUUUAGCUCGAUGUUAGUAGAAGACAGCAACCCUAAACCCCGUGGAGGCCAACCGGCAAAAGACUCAAAGUUGAACCCCAACUUUUCUGUUCACCACUCUGAAGCCUCUUUUAUUCGCGUCUUCAAUGGCUACAAUACCCGUUAACCCGAAACCUUUCUUGAACAAUUUGACUGGAAAGACUGUUAUUGUGAAACUCAAGUGGGGGAUGGAAUAUAAAGGUUUUCUUGCCUCAGUUGAUUCAUACAUGAACUUGCAGCUCGGCAAUGCUGAAGAGUAUGUCGAUGGGCAAUUCACUGGAAAUCUAGGGGAGAUUUUGAUCAGAUGCAAUAAUGUUCUCUAUCUUCGCGGGGUACCAGAAGAUGAAGAUAUAGAAGAUGCUGAUAGGGACUAGAUUGAUUCUCAUAUGGUUCAAAUAGAACUUUUGGAUAUGUGGCCAAAGCUGCUGCAACUUUCUUUGUUAAUUGUGCUUUGUUUGACUGCUCUUGCCAACAUUAUUUGGAUUAUGCAUCUUUUAGAUACAAGUUAAAUAUUAUGUGGAGCAUAGAA